CUGCUCCGGCCGCGCGUCCCGUGCCCGUCCGUGCGUCCUCCCCGCCCGGGUUCUUUGUGCGGCGCCCCUCGCCCGAGGGGCCCCUCCAGGCCUCUCCCCUCGCCGCGGCGGCCGCCGGACCCUGCCCAGGGGAAUGGUGUGCGGGCCGAGUUCGGGGCGACAGGAAGUGAGGCAUGCGAGCCCCAUGAGCGCGCCGCGGCGCCGGCUGGAGUGCGGGCGCGGCUGCGGCGGCCGCGCGGCGGGGCCCCGGGAGGCGGGCCGCUGAGCGGGCGCGCGGCCCCGAGGAUGCGGGAGCGGGAGCAGCCCUGGCGUGGAUGCUCCCUUCACCUGGCCUUUGGAGACUCCGUUGCUUUUUAAUGGCGGCAGCAGCUGCUGGGUGAGCAGCCGGACUGGACGGUAUUCCUCCCGUCAGGAGAGGAUUGCUUUCUCCUGCUUUCUGUCACCACCCCUGGAUUGGUGGCGGUGCUUUUCCCUCUUGACUCCUCCACUCUUGGAGAGAGAAGAUGCCACUGCCUUUUGGAUUGAAACUAAAACGCACCCGGCGCUACACGGUGUCCAGCAAGAGCUGCUUGGUGGCCCGGAUCCAGCUGCUCAAUAACGAGUUUGUGGAGUUCACCCUGUCUGUGGAGAGCACUGGCCAGGAGAGCCUGGAGGCCGUGGCCCAAAGACUCGAGCUGCGGGAGAUCACUUACUUCAGCCUCUGGUACUACAACAAGCAAAAUCAGCGCCGAUGGGUAGAUUUGGAAAAACCUCUCAAGAAGCAGCUGGAUAAGUACGCGUUGGAGCCUACCGUCUAUUUUGGAGUGGUGUUUUACGUGCCUUCAGUUUCACAGCUGCAGCAGGAGAUUACCAGAUAUCAGUAUUAUCUGCAGCUGAAGAAAGAUAUCUUGGAAGGAAACAUUCCUUGUACAUUAGAACAAGCAAUUCAGCUAGCAGGAUUAGCUGUUCAAGCUGAUUUUGGUGACUUUGAUCAGUAUGAAUCCCAGGACUUUCUUCAGAAAUUUGCCUUGUUUCCUGUGGGGUGGUUACAAGAUGAAAAGGUAUUGGAAGAAGCAACCCAAAAAGUGGCCUUACUCCAUCAGAAAUACAGAGGGCUCACAGCUCCUGACGCUGAAAUGCUGUACAUGCAGGAGGUGGAGAGAAUGGAUGGCUACGGAGAAGAGAGCUACCCUGCAAAGGAUAGCCAAGGCAGUGACAUAUCCAUUGGCGCAUGUCUUGAAGGUAUCUUUGUGAAACACAAGAAUGGAAGGCCUCCUGUGAUAUUUAGGUGGCAUGAUAUUGCUAACAUGUCCCACAAUAAGUCCUUUUUUGCAUUAGAGCUGGCAAAUAAAGAAGAGACCAUCCAGUUUCAAACUGAAGACAUGGAAACAGCAAAAUAUGUGUGGAGACUGUGUGUUGCGCGACACAAAUUUUACAGAUUAAAUCAAUGUAGCCUGCAAACCCAGACCGUCACAGUGAAUCCAAUUAGGAGGAGGUCUUCUUCAAGGAUGUCUCUGCCUAAACCCCAGCCCUAUGUGAUGCCUCCCCCACCCCAGCUGCAUUAUAACGGACAUUAUACAGAACCAUACACUUCUUCUCAAGAUAACCUCUUUGUUACCAACCAGAACGGAUACUAUUGUCACUCUCAGACGAGUUUGGAUCGAGCCCAGAUUGACCUCAAUGGUCGGAUCCGUAACGGCAGUGUCUACAGUGCACACAGCACUAACUCCUUAAAUAACCCUCAGCCCUACAUGCAGCCCUCACCCAUGUCCUCUAACCCAAGUAUUACUGGGAGCGACGUCAUGAGACCCGACUAUGUCCCAUCACAUCGGCACAGUGCCCUCAUACCCCCCUCCUACCGCCCGACCCCAGAUUAUGAGACUGUGAUGAAGCAGCUCAACAGAGGAAUGGCGCACGCAGAAAGGCAGAGCCACUCGCUGAGAAAUCUCAACAUUGGCAGCUCAUACGCCUAUAGCAGGCCAGAUGCUCUGGUCUACAGCCAACCUGAAAUUCGGGAGCAUGCCCAUUUUACCUCUCCCCAGUCAGCCCACUAUCCCUUCAAUUUGAAUUACAGUUUCCACAGCCAGUCUCCUUACCCCUACCCCGCAGAGAGGCGGCCUGUGGUGGGUGCCGUCAGUGUGCCUGAGCUGACCAACGUGCAGCUGCAGGCCCAGGAGUACCCAGCUCCCAACAUCAUGAAAACACAGGUGUACCGCCCACCCCCACCUUACCCAUACCCCAGGCCCGCCAACAGCACCCCAGACCUGUCCCGCCACCUCUACAUAAGCAGUAGCAACCCAGAUCUCAUUACCAGGCGAGUCCAUCACUCAGUCCAGACGUUCCAAGAGGACAGCUUGCCGGUGGCUCAUUCUCUCCAGGAGGUCAGCGAGCCGCUCACCUCGGCCCGGCACGCUCAGUUACAGAAGAGGAACAGCAUUGAGAUAGCUGGGCUGACUCACAGCUUUGAAGGCAUGAGGCUGAAGGAGAGGACCAUGUCUGCGUCGGCGGCGGAUGUGGCCCCGCGGGCUAUCUCAGCGGGCUCCCAGCCAAAUGUUUUCAUCGAAAGAACAAAACGAGAAGAGACGGACGAACAGGAAAGCCUGAGAUAUGGUCAUAAAAAAUCUCUUUCAGACGCUACCAUGCUCAUACACAGCAGUGAAGAGGAGGAAGAUUUUGAAGAGGAAAACAAAACACAGGCAGCACUCUCUCUGCUGGCACGGGAGCCCCGGGGUAGUUACUCGCAAGAACCACAGCUGAGCUACGCCUGUGGUUCGGUCACUGCAGUCACCAGCCCUCUGCACAUUCUCGAGCCUAAAUCCCACGUCACAGAGACUGAGAAGAGGGUGAGGGACGGCAGCCCCGUUCACAUGCUCGUGGAGGCCCAGCGGCCCAGAAGAGAUGGGCUGCUGACGCCCUCCAUGUCCGAGUCUGACCUCACCACGUCGGGGAGAUACCGAGCACGGAGGGAUUCCCUGAAGAAGAGGCCCGUGUCAGAUCUCCUCUCUGGAAAGAAAAACAUUGUGGAAGGACUUCCGCCGCUAGGGGGAAUGAAAAAGAGCCGAGUAGAUGCAAAAAAAAUUGGUCCUCUCAAGUUGGCUGCCCUGAAUGGACUCUCCCUGUCUCGCUUGCCUCUGCCUGAUGAAGGAAAGGAAGUGCCUGCCAGAGCCACUAAUGAUGAGAGGUGUAAAAUUCUGGAACAGCGGUUAGAACAGGGAAUGGUAUUCACAGAAUAUGAAAGAAUUCUUAAAAAACGGCUAGUUGAUGGGGAGUGCUCAACAGCACGACUCCCUGAAAAUGCAGAAAGAAAUCGAUUCCAAGAUGUCCUUCCCUAUGACGAUACCAGAGUGGAGUUGGUCCCAACGAAAGAAAACAAUACUGGUUACAUCAAUGCAUCACAUAUUAAGGUCUCUGUUAGUGGAAUUGAAUGGGAUUAUAUUGCCACACAGGGACCAUUACAGAAUACCUGUCAAGAUUUUUGGCAGAUGGUGUGGGAACAGGGAAUUGCAAUUAUAGCGAUGGUGACAGCAGAAGAGGAGGGUGGAAGGGAGAAGAGCUUUAGGUAUUGGCCACGACUUGGUUCCAGGCACAACACCGUCACCUAUGGAAGGUUUAAGAUCACAACCCGGUUCCGCACAGACUCCGGCUGCUAUGCCACCACAGGGUUGAAGAUGAAGCACCUUCUCACGGGGCAGGAGAGGACGGUUUGGCAUCUCCAGUACACAGAUUGGCCUGAGCAUGGCUGUCCAGAGGACCUCAAGGGAUUUUUAUCAUACCUUGAAGAGAUCCAGUCUGUUCGACGCCAUACAAAUAGUACAAGUGAACCAAAAAGCCCCAACCCUCCAUUGCUGGUCCACUGCAGUGCUGGAGUGGGGAGGACCGGGGUCGUCAUCUUGUCGGAGAUCAUGAUUGCCUGUCUGGAACACAACGAGGUGCUGGACAUCCCAAGGGUGCUGGACAUGCUGAGGCAGCAGAGAAUGAUGAUGGUGCAGACCCUCUGCCAGUACACGUUCGUAUACCGAGUUCUCAUUCAGUUCCUGAAAAGCUCAAGGCUCAUAUAAGCUCCCACAACUUCUUAUGGGGACCCGAUGAUGUGAAGCGUUUACAGCUAAAAAAAAGUGCUUGCCUAACUCAUACUUUCCCCUCAACACUCAAUCCACGCAGAUACUACAUUGGGACGUGAAGGACGGUAUGAAUGAUGGCGCACUGAAGGAAAUGUGCAAAGCUUAAGGCUGAAGAGGGGGAUUCUUAACCUGGGAAAGAUGCUGAAGAAGGACUUGCUUUCGAGCGCGUUGCCCUGCUCCGGUCUGUCUGAUUUGCAGUACUUGCACACAUGUUGGAGAUUGUAUUUUCUAGACAAUUCUCUAUUUUACUGAAGCUACACUGGGCAAUUUUGGCAAUCAUUAAAGUGCAUAGGUUUCUAUCUUAAACUAGUUUUUGAUAAUGGAAUUUUAUUUUAUGACUGAAAUAUUUGGGGUUUUCUUGUUGAGAAACUGAACUUUCCAUGGGGCUGACCCACAGAUAUGAGUAGUUCCUAUAUAACUUUGUAUUUAAAACCAUGUUAUUAUCUUUUGUUAUUUUUUAAAAACCUUGAGUAUUUAACAGUUUAGUUACCAAACCCAAAACUACAGAAGAAUCUAAAAGUGUUAUUUUGAAAGAUAGAAAGCAUUUUUAUAUUCAGAGAAUUUUUUAUCCUAAAAAUUCUAUAUAUUUGUACCUUCUAUAUUUUCCAAACAAGAGUUCAACUCAUUAAGGACUGAAAUGAGUCAGUUAAUGUAAGGGAAAGUUGUGAAUGAAGGCACGUUAUUUAAAAUGUAAGAGAAUAAUCAGAUUCACUAUUUUUUUAGUAUUAUUCGUAAACCUAAAUGAGUUUGAUUUUAUUGGUUGAAAAUGAAGUGAAAAACAAUUGCAUAGGAUGGUUUUAAGCACUUUUUUGUUAAAAACAGUAAAUCUGAGUUUUAAUGUAUGUGUUGCUGUAUAGAUGAAACAGUAACCAUGACAUUGUUUCAGAAGAAGUGUUUUGGACGAGAUAAGGAAUGAGAGUAUGUGGGAUGACUAGGAUAAGAGUAAGUGCAGUGUAAAUGCAAGAUGGUAAAUGCAAGGUGCCUCUGUCUUUACAAAAAUACAGUGUUAUCUGUGCUCAGACUGAGAUGCUGGGAUGGAGAGUGGGGAGGGACUUGGGAGUAUGGGGCUGAGCCCCUAGAGGUAGGAACCCCAGGAAAUUCAAGGCCUGUCACUGUCGGUGACUCACUCUGUUUCCUUGGAGUUCUUCCACCUAAACCUCUCUUCUUUUUAAACAAAUAAAAUCAGGUUUAUAUUAUCAUUAAAAGAAGCCUUGAAGAGGCUAUAUUUUCUUUUGGUUGAAAGAAGGGAAGACUUAGUAAUAGUUUCACCUCAUCUCCCAAAACCGUAGCCCAAACUUGUGGGGCCACCAGAGAUUGCUGUGGUAUUCAAGAGGAACUUGAAUUUUAGCUCCUUAAUCCCCUAACUUCACUCCUGAGGUCCAUUUUAGCUUCUUUCUCCCCCUCCCCCAUCCUAUAUUGGCACAUCGCAGUGGGCAGAACCAGGCUGCAUUAAAGAGGGGAGUGUCGCCUUUGGCCCAGGCUGAGACGGACUUGUCACAGUGGGAGUUGAGUAGGUAAGGACUAAUGGCUACAGUUAGCUGCGGAGCCAUCUCUUUUCCCUUCUUCUGAGGCUGCUUCUCCAAAAUGUAGAUUUCCAGAAUGUCAAAUCUUAGGGCAGUUUCUUCAAAUUACAGUAUCCCCAGGAUGUUCUGAUUCCCAUGUUAACUCCUAAAGCAGUUUAACUCAUUCUUUUUCACCAUUAAGUGUGUGUUGUCAGCCGUGAGACAGAAUUUCCUUCGUCCAGUGUUGCUCUGCCUAACCUAACUCUGAGUUGCCCGGAGCCAACUACUUAAGAGGAAAAUUCAGAAGAUAUUAAUAAAAAGGAAUAUUGAAAGUGGGCACAUUUCUCACUUAGGAACAAAAUACUAAUUUUAAAUCUAAAAUUGUUUUUAGGAGUCCUUUUUAAAGAACGGUACACUUAAGUGUAAAUAUUCAGAAAGAGCCCCCAGAAAAAUGAAGUAAGAUUUUUUUUAUGGUAAUAUUUCCCAUCUCCACACCCUACAGAGGACAGGAGUGUUUCUGAUGCUUUUUUUCUUUCAUGGUACGUUUUUAAAACAUGCUUUUCUGUCACGUUUAAACACUUUGAAGUGUCCCAUUGACAAGAACAUAUUGUAAAACAAAAAUCUAAAGAGUAAUAUAUAUUUGUGUUCCUGUUGUAAUAAUUUGAUUAUAAGAAAAUUACUUAUGAGGGCUAAAUUAUACUGUUUAAAUGUCACUCUUAAAAUGUUGCAUGUUUGAUAUAACGUCUAAGACCCACUGUAAUUUUCUGUCCCUUUUGAAUUUUUAAACUUUUAAUUAUAGUUAGUGAAUAUGAAAGCAUUUCUGAAUAAAAAUAAAUGCAAAUUA